ACCCAACCAUCGAACUGCGAGAAAGGCUGUAAGACAAACAGCAAUCCUACCGAGACUUCGAAUCAAGGAAUAUAGCAUGCCCCGUCUCCAUCUCGGCCAUUUUGAAUCAAAAUAUUUUUGAAUUGAAGCUGUAAGACUCAUUCAGUUGCUUUGUUUUUCCUGUAUUCCAUACAAUCUCUCAUACCUAUCUUAUUCUUUUCCAUUUCCUCUACCAUGUGUGGGUUCAAGGAUCAUAAAACUAGCUCCUUUUCUUCUAGCAGUCCCUUCUUCCAUUAAUGCAUGAUAGCAUUAUCUCUGCGUUUUCCGGUUUCAACAAAGUGCUAUGCUUGGUCUCUUGUGGCAAUCUUCUCUGCUGUUCUUCUGCUCUUCUUCAGACUAAGAGAAAUCGAGCUGAACAGAGCCCCUUCUUCUUCCGGGGACCCUUGUAGCUCAAGCGAAGAGAUAUCUAGAGAUCUCCUCCGCUGCGCUGUACACACCAUGACUGACGAACCAGACCUUGCUCCGGCCGACCAUUGGCUCUCCCAAGCCCGCCUUCUCGUUCCCACGGCGCUCCACAGAGCGCAGUCAGCCUCACGCUUUCCAGGCCGCUGGAAAACCAUCAUUUCAAAGAUCGAGCAGCUUCCCUCUUGUCUCUCCAAUCUCUCCAGUCAUCCCUUCUUCUCAAAAAACUCACUUUUCCGCGAGCAGCUCCAGUCCGUAUGCUCCAGCCUUGAAGAAACCAUCUUGCUCGCUGAAAACAGCUCCGCAAUCGUCGGCAAGCUCCAGAUGCAGAGCCACCUCGACUCUCUGUCCGCGAAGCUCGAUCUCAACCUCCGCGACUGCAACCAGCUGAUAAAAACAGGCGUGCUCGGUAACUCCACGGCGCAAUCAGGACAAACCGAGACCGCACGGUUCAGAAUCCAAGAGCUUCUUGCUCGCCUUCAGAUCGGGCACGCAGAAGCCAAGCAUCGGGCAAUUGAAGGAUUGGUGGAGGCUAUUACAGAGGAUGAAAAAAGCGUGCUUUUGGUGCUCUGCAGAUCCAAUAUUUCCUCCCUGGUUCAGCUCCUCACUGCAACGGCUGUCAGGACGAGGGAGAAGGCCGCCACUGUUGUGUGCAUGCUAGCCGAGUCUGGAAGCUGCGAUAACUCACUGGUUUCCGAAGGUGCGCUUCCUCCGCUUAUAAGACUAGUGGAAUCCGGAACGCCGCGCUGCAGGGAGAAGGCAUUGAUGGCUCUAGAGAGGUUAUCAAUGUCACCAGACACCGCUCGCUCUAUCGUCGGGCAUGGUGGCAUCGGUUCGCUUGUGGAGGCCUGCCAUGCGGGGGACUCCAUUGUCCAGUCAGCCGCUGCUGCUACGCUUAAGAAUCUCUCAGCAGUGCCGGAAGUAAGACAGAGCUUAGCUGAUGAGGGGGUCAUCAAGCUCAUGAUCCAUCUUCUCGAUUGUGGAAUCAUGUUGGGAUCAAAGGAGCACGCGGCUGAAUGUUUGCAGAAGUUGACAUCAAGCAAUGAAAGCCUUCGAAAGGCAGUGGUAUCUGAAGGAGGAAUUCGAAGCCUUUUGGCCUAUAUAGAUGGACCUCUGCCGCAGGAAUCUGCUGUGGGUGCUCUGCAGAAUUUGAUUGCCUCUGUUUCAAUUUCGGCUGAUAGUCUCGUUUCAAUCAGCCUCCUUCCUCGUCUGGUUCAUGUAUUGAAGGAGGGAUCACUCGGAGCACAGCAGGCUGCGGCAUGCACCAUUUGCAGGAUUUCGAACUCCACAGAAGUGAAGAAGAUGGUAGGAGAGUUUGGGUGUGUGCCGUUGCUGCUGAAGUUGAUGGAGGCCAAGACAAAUGGAGCACGAGAAGCUGCUACGCAAGCUGUGGCGAAUUUGAUAAGUUAUCCCCAUAACUGCAGGGAAGUUAAGAAAGAAGAAAAGAGUGUCCCGAAUCUAGUUCAGCUGCUUGAUCCUAGUUCGGAAAACACUGCUAAAAAGUAUGCGGUUUCAUGUCUUCUGCAAUUGUCAUCUAGCAAGAAAUGUAAGAAACUGAUGUGCUCUUAUGGCGCCAUUGGAUAUCUCAAGAAGCUUUCGGAGAUGGAUGUGACUGGUGCGAAGAAGCUGCUGGAGAGGUUAGAGAAAGGGAAGCUGAGGAGCUUUUUCAGCAGGGAGGAGGUGGCAGCAGAGAAAGGGAAGCUGAGGAGCUUUUUCAGCAGGAACCUUGUAUUUCCUUUGUGCUUCAUUUUCUACAUGAAGCCUAAUAUGCGCUGCAUGAUGUUCUUAACUUCUGAUGACUUUGUUCACAUUCAGGAGGUUGAAGCAGAAGAGCAUGUUGGAGCAAGAGACAAUUUGACCGGCCAUCCAAGCCGACAACCACCCACUGGUUGGCCAUCCUGGCCGGCGUUCACUAACCACAUGGAGAAACAUCCUGUCGGCCACCUCAGUUGGCCAAUCACCUUAGCUGGCCACUGGGCCAAUCACAGUGAAGAAAGAUGGUCGACAACUUACAGGUUACAGGAUACUCGGCCAGUCACGAAUGAUUAUAUGGGUCGACCACUUACGUCGAUGAGACCAGCUGGAAAGCUUCGGAGAGUGCGCAUGAAGGAUUUUGGCGAGGCCUCGUGUUCAAGUUCGGCACUGAAUGUUGAUUCCAGAGGAAGAUCAUAUGACAGGAACUUAAACAGAGGAAGAUCAAAAUCAAAGUUUGGUCAGCAGACAAUCUGCUGGAAUUGUGGCAAGGCUGGUCACAUAAAAAUGAACUGCAAGAAUUCUAAGAAGAAUGAGAAUGAUGACGCUAAUGUUGUAUCUGAAGAAAUAUAG